AGGUACAAUUUUUAUAAUUUGUAUUUUGUAUGCCGUUUCUGUUCGAGGCCAUUUUGCGAAUGUUUACACUUUACAUCGUCGUUCGGUGAGAGUUCAGUCACCGCGUUCACUGGAGCUUCGUAUAAUCGUAUAGGAAUCUUAAAAUCUUCACCCUCCGCACGCACAUUGGUGAUCAACAGUCGAUACGACGAUGGCCUACAGAUCUAGUCGUGGUGGUUUUGGUAACACAAGAGGAGGAAAUCGUGGGACUACUUUCAAUUCGAAUUAUGGCAGUUCAAGAGGUCGUGGUGGAAAUAACUAUAACGAUAGUUACAGAAGCCGGGGUAAUAGUUCAUUUCGUGGGUCUCGAGGGGGUAUCCGAGGAAACAGUGGAUCUUGGUCCACUAGUUCACCAUCUACCGGUGGUUAUAGCACUAUGAAUCGCAAUAGUGGAUCCAACUGGUCAUCUCAAGGAGACUCGAAUUAUGAAUCAAGAAAUCGCUAUUCUGGUAAUAAUGAUCGAUAUUCAAGUAGUCAUAAUGAUGAUUACAGGCGGUAUAAAGAGGGUGGAAGAAGUCACCGAGACUCAGACAUGGGUGGAUAUUCAAGUUCCGGUGAUGAUUUUGGCCGUUAUAGUAGUGGUGGUGGUGGCAGCAGUUAUGUAGACGAACGUAGUAGCAGAUCAUCCUAUGCUCCUGAUAAUAACUAUGGAGGAAGUAGCAGUUACAGAGGCCGUGAGAGUUCACGUGAUUAUGGUUCAGAUUUCCGUAAGCCAUUGCCUCCUGAUGAUGAUCGUUCUUCGCCACCUUCCCCGAGGUAUUCUGGCCCAUUAAAUAGAGGCAGGGGUACUAGGGGAUUCCGUGUUGCUGAAAGACCUGGUAUGAGGGGUAGGUCUUCUGCCAGUGUGUCUUAUAGAGGAUCAUUUGGAGGUAGUGCAGGACUUAUCAAACGCAAGCGACUUGAACCUACUCCAGGUUGGCGCACAAAUCCCAUUCGUAAAGGAUAUGAUAUGGCCAAUAGAAGAAUACAUACAGUCAAAAGAACUAGUAUGCGAGAUCAUGAUGAUUAUCGUGCAAGAAAAAUUGCAGAAUUCAGGGAAAAAACUCGUCAACUUCGUGAACGUGUAAGGUCUCCAUCAGUUGAUGAAGAAGAAGUAGAAGAGGAGGUUGAAGAGGAAGUAGAGGAAGAAGAAUCAGUCAAUGGUGAUGAUGGAGAAAGACCCGAGGAUGAUGGUGAAAAGAAGGACAAAUCCCCCAAAAAGAAAAAGAAAGUUAUUAAAAAAGUAAUGAAGAUUGUUAAGAAAAAAGUGAAAAAACCAAAAUUAAAUGGUGAUUUAUCUAAAUCUGUUUCUGGAGAUAAAGUUUCACCUAGAAAAACUGAAAACAAAUUGUUAGAUUCUAGAGGAGAACCAUUUAUUAAACUAUUGUGUCCACAUUGCGAAGUAACCUGCAAAACAUUUAGAGAAUACGAGAUACAUUUAUUGAAAAUACGUCAUCGCACAGCCAUGUCUCAAUUAGCCCGCAAACGUAAGCAUGAAUUAUUCAUGUUUCGCCAGGAUCAACGGAAAGAACAAAAGGAAAUUGAUGACAAAGCAUCUGAAGAUGAUCCAAAAACUGAGAUUAACUAUUGCAAAUUAUGCCAAUUAAAUUUCAAACAACCAAAAAGUGAUCACUUCAGUAGUGUUUUGCACAAAAAAAUUAAACAAUUUCUUCAACCGGCUUGUAAUGUUUGUCAUUUGAUGUUUGCAUCGCCAAUGCGUUAUGAGCACCAUUUAUGCAGCACCAACCAUUUAAAGAAAGUUGAUAUUUAUGAUCGUCGAACUAAACGAAUGGCUGCUGUUCCAAGUGCAGAUGAAGCUGAAGGCGAUGUGGAUAUGGACAAUUUUAUGGUUCUAGAUUCUGUUGGUUCUGGGGAUGAUGAGGGAUCAGAAGAAGAUGAAAAUGCUCAAGAUGGCAAAGAUGAUGGAAAAAAGAAAUCCAAGUCUAAAAAAGAAAUAAGUCUUGGUAAAGAAUUCUGUAAAAAAGUUGAAGUAUAUUACUGUGAAUUGUGUAAGUUCAAUUUGCCCCCACAUGAUGAUGUUGAACAGCAAUUGAAUUUACAUUGCCGUAACCGUGUACAUUUACAACGAUAUGUGCAACAUUGUGAAAAAAAUAAAACUCAAGAAAAGAAUGCUGAAGUUGUUAGCAAGGAAUGUACUGAUGAAACAAAAUCUGACAGUGACUCUUCCAAUAAAGGUAUUGGAAAUGAUGAUAAAAAUGAAACUUCUGACAAUGGCGACGAUUCAUCAAGUCUAAAUAUUCAGCAUGAUGAGGAAAUGAAAAAUGAAUUUGAUUGGGCUACCUUGGACACUGUCAUUGAAAUUAAUAAAAUUAAAGAUGACUCAGAUAAUGAAAAAUCUGUAGGUGAUACAGAGUCUAAAUAAACAUUUUUAAAGUAAUGUGGUGUAAUAACAGAUAUGCUACUACUCAAAUUGUUAGUUUUGUAUCUGUUGUCUAUAUCUAAUCUUCUGUAAGACAAUACAAUUUGACUAUUGUUUCCUCUUUAAACGUUCGURAAGUAGCUAUAAUUGUUUUUUUUUUAUAUUCAACUUAAAAUUAAUAAUUGUAAGUUUUUGAUAGUUAUAUGUUAGUUGUACUAAAGUUUGUGUAAUUUUCUGUCAACUAUUUUUAAGCUUUUUAUAGUUUAAAGAUUAAGCUCUUAUAAUUUUAAUGUAAAAUAUUUAUAAAUUAAAAUGAAAAAAAAAAUAGAAAUCAGUUAUUCUUAUAUUUAGUUUUGAAAUCUAAAAUUAAAAAUAACAGUCUUGGUUCUUAUCCAGUGUUGAAUAGUACCAACCGAAGUGUGUAGCCAAGAAAUUUAUUUUUUUUUAAACUUUUAUUUAGUUGACCUGACAGACGUAUCCUGUUAUGAAUAUUGAAUAUGAAUCGGUAUAAUUAAUAAAAAAAAAAAUA